AUGUCGCAGAACGAUCGAUCAGUGAACCAGAAAUUCUCGGAUAUGCGUUUGAACGUUGAAGGCCGUGCUCUGGAUGAAAGCUACAGCAAUAUGAUGGAUUCCUUCGAUGGAGACGAGGUAUGUUAACGUUUUUGUUUAAAUUUUAUUGUUUUUAGGCAAUUCCUGCUGUCAAAAUCGAGAAGAAUGAGCCACCAUUGUUGCACAAGAACUUCUACAGAGGUAUGUGAAUGUUAAUAGUUUAGUUUUAUUCUACUUUAUUUUAAACUUUGUUUUAAUAUUUAUAAGCAAGGAUAACAUCUUUAUUUGAUAUGUUUCAGAUUUCAUUGAUCCAUUUGACCCUUACAACAAGCUGAAAUGA